CAAUUCGCCCCACGUGAUAAAUAAAUCGUUCCGAUUGAUCCCCUCCAACUUCCGGAUCCGUUGAGGUGACGAUAAAAGAGAAAUUCAAAAACAGAGCUUUAAAAGCGGUUUGCCCCAGCGGCGCAACGUUUUUGGUUCUCAAGGUUUAUGGUGACCUCGAGAUUAAAAGUCUGGCCUCGAGCGGUAUUGUCGCCAAAGAUGCUCCGCUCUGCCAUCGUUGGCUUCGUAUUGCUGUGCGCUCUCGUCAGCUGGAGCACUACACUCUUCUUCUUGCAGGGCGAUUCUUUCGAGGCGUGGUUUGACGCAGCUGCUCGCCGCGACAGCGGUCUCGAGUUCAACAACAAGCCGCAGGAUCUGGAUUACGACCCUACCAGGAUGGACGUGACUAAUCUAAGCCCUACCCUGCCUCUGCGCAUGGUGACGUUCAACAUCAGAUAUGCCACCUCAAGCCCGGUCAAGGGCGAGAAGCUGUGGGACGAGCGCGGCCCCAAGCUCAUCAACCAAAUCGACUUCAUCACCGCCGGCCAUGAAAACGCCUUUCUCUGUCUCCAGGAGGCCCUCUACAACCAAAUCGAGGACAUCCAGGCCAGUCUGGGCCCCAGAUGGGCGUACAUUGGCCGGGGCCGCGACGACGGCAAGAAAAAGGGCGAAUUCUCCCCCGUCUUCUACCGGUCCGACGUCUGGUUCCUCGAGCGCUCGCAGACGCGGUGGCUGAGCACAACGCCCGAGAAGCCGUCGUUUGGAUGGGGCGCCCCCCACAAGCGCGUCGUCACCAUGGGCGAGUUCUCGCACAAGGUCACCGGCACCAGAGUCGUCGUCAUGAGCACGCACUUUGACUACAAGUACGCAAAGGCCCGCAAGCACAGCGCCGAGCAGCUGCUGCAGUACGCCCGCGAAUGGAGCCAGGACAACAACAACUCGGCGGUGCUCAUUGGCGGCGACUUCAACAGCACGCCCGAUGACGUGGCCUACCAGCUCAUGACGGCGCCGGGGUCUGGCAUGUCCGACCUGUCGGAUCUGCUACCCGCGGACAAGCACCACGGAAACAGCCUGACUUACACCAGCUUUGGCGAGCCCAACGAGUGGCCGCAGCGCAUCGACUUUCUCUUUAUCCAGGAGCCUCGCACGGCUGUCGUCAAGACGUUUAGCGUGUUGGAGAACGUCUAUGACGAUCAGAUCCGCGUGUCGGAUCACAGGCCCGUGAUUUCGGACCUUGAGAUUGCCGUGGACCCCUCUUCAUGAGAAUUGACGGGAAGUCUCCAUUUUGGCUAAAAAAACAGCCGUAUUGAUAUUUUAUGAUCAACGUCUCUUUCAACAAUAGGAAAUUUCGGAGGAUAAUGAUACCCGGAGCGUGCCUCCUGAUUGGCAUCGUCUCCAAAGCAACAUUUUAUGAACAUGGAGUUUCGGAAUUGAUAUCCAUUGCUACUAAAUUCAC